ACACUUUGUUUCCAGGUGAAGUAUGCCGCUUCAUCUAUUUAGUCUAUACAAUUUCUAGUCGGAGCUCAAAAUUUGCCGAAAUCGUUUACGACAAAAACAUUAUUGGACUGCAGGCGUCAACAUUGCAAAGUUACGAUUCGGAACCAAUCUCUGAUCAUCUAAAUUUCACGAGCAAGGCUAAGUCUUCGAGAUGAAUAAUUUUUUUAUUGGAACAACCAAAAGAAGAAAGCGCUCCCACAGUUUUGGCUGGGAUGACACAGAAAAUGGCAAUUUAAAAAUCAGUGGUAAUGAUAAUCACUUUAAUUAUGGACCAAACGGUUUGGAACUUAACGGCAUCUUAAGGGUCUCGGGCAAUGACAAUCACGUGACAGGUGUAAAUGUGCGCCCCAGGCCAGAUGUUUUUGACAAGAACAAAAUGGACCUAGAUUAUAUUGUCAAAGUCAGUGGCAACGAUAAUCAUGUCAAGGAUAUUAAUGUGUACGCAUGUCAGCCAAUGUUGGCAUGUUACACUAUACUCAGUGUGGCGGACAAUGACAACCACGUGAAGAAUCUUCACAUUUUCAACAUUGAUGCCUCACGCCUGCACAACUAUGUUGUUCAGUUAUCUGGUAAUGAUAACCGCAUCACGGGGCUUGAAGUUUACAUCCACGAUGACGGAUCGGGAAAUGGAACCCAUCGCCGACGCAGUCCUAUUAUUGAAGUAUGUGGCAAUGAUAACUCCAUUGAAGGCACAAUAUAUUAUAAUAGUGCAUUCGAAAGAGCUGAUGUGAAGUUGAAAGAUCUAGUGAGCGUAAGAGGUUGUGACAAUCACACGAGAGGGUUAAGUAUUGUCUACACUCAAGAUAGAUACGACUUGGCUGAAAAGAUUAAACCAAAGGUUCAAGACAAAAGGAAUUUCCAGACUCCAAGCUCAAAUCAAUGUGGAUCUCAGUACCAGAGUGGUGCAGCCAACUAUCACUUCCAGCUGCCUGCUGAACACACACGUCAAGCCACUGCAACUUCCGCUCGAAAUGACCAGGUUGCUAUGGCGACCACUUCAAGUCGAACCGGAGAUGCCUCAAGAAAUUCGUCUUCAAGUGAAAGUGCAGCCGAUUCUAGCCAGACUGAAAUGGAGUUUAACUCACAGCCGUCCCAGGGGCUCGUUCGAGAACUAGAAAUCCUGAAAACACAGCGGCUCUGUAAAGUAUGCUUCAGUCAGAAUGCUGGCGUAACGUUCGCUCCUUGCGGUCAUUUGGCUUCUUGCGUGGACUGCUGCUCGAAAGUUGACCGCUGUCCAGUUUGCCUGUCCAUCAUUGAUAACAUUGUAAAAACAUUUAUUCCAUAAAAGAAGCACGUAGAUGGAGAUGUUUUCAACUAUGGAUUUACAUAUUUAUUAGAGUUCUUCAUCAUUGGCCAGGACAGUGAUGUCGCUAAGGAAUUAAGAGGAGGUGAGGCUGCCUUUGGUUUUGAAGUAGUAUUUUGGGAUGGGUAUGAUAUAUUAGCUUAACGUAACCUUAGGCACCAACCCUAGUUACGUUUCUAGUUUAUAAUGAUUAUAUAGAUAUUAGACAUUACGUAUUACAUUUAACAUAUAAGCAAGCUUUUAACAUGAUUAUCUAUAUAUUUUUUAUUUCGUUAGCAAAAUGUUUAAUACAAACUCAAAUUCUAUACAUCACAUUAUACUUUAUACUCUAUCAUAUACCCUUAAUUUAGGCCUACAUUUAUCGUACAUAGCCGUUUAUUAUUUGUUUUGUAGAUAGUGAGUGGUAGCAUGCUGUCUGUGUAGAAUAAGGCAUGCACACAUUGUUACAUGUUUUAAUCUCGAAUAAAUAUGUUUUGAGAUAUAAAUCUGUUACAUUUCA